AUGAUUACGGGAAAAAUUAUAUUAAAAUCAGCUACUAAAUUAUCACUUGAUAAAAGAUUUACUGAAAUUGCCAAACAAGCACCAGUAACUCCACCACGUAUACAACAACAAGCUAAUGUUAUUAUUCCAUAUUCAAAACAAGAAUUAUUCGGAAAUAAACGACCAAAUGUUUUAAAUAUUGCACAACGACUUAAAAAGCGAAGUAUUAACUAUCGACUUGGUCUUGGGGCUAAUGCCAAUGGAAAUCGUUUGUAUAGAACUCCAAAUAAACCACGUGUUUUUCAACGUCUUAGUUAUACUAAUCGUCGACGUAUGGAUACUGGUGGUAAUAAUUCAGGUGCUAAUCGAUUUCUAUUUGGUGGACAAAGUGGUAUGGGUAUACGUCUUCGAGGACAAGGUCGAAUUCGUGGAGCACGAGCAUUUCGUCCUCGAACACGUGGUUAUUUAAAUAAUAAUACAAUUAGUCGAUAUAGUGGUUAUUCAAUGCGUGGAAAUAGAAAUAAUCGAGGACGACGUAAUACAAAUAAUAAUAAUAAUUUUAAUCGAUCAAAUCGUGGUCGUUUUGGAAAAAAUUCUAAUCGUGGACGUGGUCGAAAUAAUAAUAAUAAUAACAAUAACAAAAAUUUUACAAAAGAAAGUCUUGAUACUGAUAUUGAUAAAUAUAUGGCUCAGACAAAAAUUGAAAAUGAUUCAAUUGAAAUGAAUGCUAUUUAA